CUAGAUUGUAACGUUUAAAUUCUGGAAGUCAUAAAGAUGGCCUAUGGUUCAGUACCUUGGUUUCUCGUUUUAUUGUAUUGUAUCUGUAUAUACUAUACUAUCCAACAAGAUGAUGAGUACAGAAAUCUGGCUUUUCGAAAAUACGUCGGGCGGAAAUUAAACUUGCCGCAACAGAUGCCACGAAAGACGAGAAAAGUUCGCGAUGAGAUGCAUUGUGCUUUUGCUUGUGUACAAGAGACAUGGUGUUUAUCAGUGAAUUUCAACACUACUUCUGAUUCGAAGGCUGAGCGGGUUCACAUAUGUGAGAUCUUGUCUUCAGACAGUUACACCAGCAAGAUAGAUUUACAAGCAGACGAUCAGUUUAUACAUCUGAACAUUAAGAAUCUUUGCGAGGACGAACCUUGCUUGAAUGGAGGGGUGUGUAUUUUGCAAGAUAGCAGAACCAAAUACUUCUGUCAUUGUGCUGGAGAUUAUUCGGGACAGAACUGCRAAAUCUCGGGCUGUAAAAAGACGGCUGCAGGAAAGUGUUGUGUCUUUCCAUUUAUGUAUCUAGGYAAGCAUUAUUACCAGUGUACUACUACUAACCAUGGAGGUAGACCUUGGUGUUCAUAUGAUGCUAUAUACAUGGGAAGAUGGGGAACCUGUGUCUGAAAACUGUGUCUCAACUAAAAAU